AACACAAUCCCUCCUGCACACAGUAUAUGUAAGUUAUUUUGCCAGUUGCCUUGUCAAAUUGACUAUCUCUGUGUGUUCACCAUAUUUUCAGUAACUAUGGGCAGUUUAACAUUUAUGUUCGCGUGCUCUGCUAAGACCUUGAAGAUGAUCAAAAAUAACUCACAUGCAAUUUAUUUCAAGAGGACUCUAUUAUUGCCACGACUGCCUCUCUUCAAACAAUCAGAAGGCAAGUGUAUCAACUUAGGUCGACUGUCAAGCUCCACAGCUGCCAGGGCAGCGAAGGGAGAGGACUCCUUCCUCAAAUGGCUCCUGCUUCUGAUUCCUGUCACCACAUUUGGUCUUGGGACAUGGCAGGUGAAACGUCGGGAAUGGAAAAUUAAGUUGAUUGCAGAACUGAGAAGUCUUACCUCCGUGGAACCCAUUCCUCUUCCUAUUGAUCCUCUGGAGUUGAACAAUCUGGAGUACAGGAGAGUAAAGGUGCGUGGGCACUAUGACCACUCCCAGGAGAUGUACAUCUUACCACGCUCGCCUGUCGACCCAGAGAAAGAGGCAAGGGAGGCAGGCCAGCUGUCAUCCAGUGGAGAUACUGGAGCCAAUGUCGUUACUCCGUUCUACUGCAGUGACCUAGGGAUCACAAUCCUUGUAAACAGAGGAUAUGUUCCUAGGAAGAAGAUCAAACCAGAAACCAGGAUGAAGGGACAGGUGGAUGACGAGGUUGACCUGGUAGGUGUGGUGAGGCUGACAGAGAUCCGCAAACCCUUUGUGCCACAAAACAACGUGGAGCACAACCGCUGGCACUACCGUGACCUGGAGACGAUGGCUAGAGUCACAGGGGCCGAGCAGAUCUUCAUCGAUGCUGACCUGGCCAGCACAAUUCCGGGUGGACCUAUAGGAGGACAGACCCGAGUCACCCUCAGGAAUGAACAUAUGCAGUACAUUAUGACGUGGUAUGGCCUCUGUGCAGCAACCUCUUACAUGUGGUAUGCCAAGUUCAUCAAAAGGAUUGUGUAAAACACCCCACAAUGGCUUGAGUAGUGUAAAUUAAUACAAUGUUUUUGUCAUGAAUAUAUCACAGCAGUAUAGAAGCUGCUGUAGGUA